GGGUGUAGGGGCUUCUGGGGCCAAUAAAGCCCCUUAUGAAAAUUGCGGCAUAUGUUUUUGACAAUUAUGCAACAAUUGCUUUUACUGUUAUAAUGUCUAUUUGGAUGACUGUAUUUGUUGAAUUAUGGAAAAGAUAUCAUGCAGAAUUGGCUUAUAAAUGGAAUGUUUUGGGGUAUGAACCUGAUGAAGAAGUUAUUAGACCAGAAUAUCAAUAUUAUAAGAGAGCAAAAAUGAAAAUUAAUAGAGUGACGAAAGAAGCGGAGCCUUAUAUUUCACUUGCAGAAAAAGCUCUUCGUAUUUUUGGAUCGGCUAUAACUGUUUUAUUUUUUGUAAGUUUUUAAAAAUUUUUUGGAAAGAGAAUCGGUGUAGAAUUGUUUUUCUUUUACUUAAAUUAUUAGUUUUUAGAAAGCUUUUCGAUUUUAAUUCUGAC